CAGUUAAAAACGAACACACUGGUAACGAGACACUUGUACACGACAGUGCACUGUGUCGGUGUGUGUGUGUAGAUCUAUAUAGAUCUAUAUCUAGAUACCUGUACGUGUUUCCUCAUUUAUUGUAGUUAGUCGUGGCACAUUAAAUAAAAUUAAAAUAAAAUGGCAAAAACACCAGAAGAAAAACUUGCAUUAAUGAAACGAAAUCUUCAGGAAGUAUUGGGAGAAGACAAGAUUGUAGAGAUUCUAAAAACAAGGGAUCUCAAAGUGUAUUGGGGCACUGCUACAACUGGCAAGCCACACAUUGCUUACUUUGUGCCUAUGUCUAAGUUGGCAGAUUUUCUAAAUGCAGGAUGUGAAGUUACCAUACUGUUUGCUGACUUGCACGCCUACCUCGACAACAUGAAAGCCCCUUGGGACCUUCUGGAACUGCGAGUAAAGUACUACGAGGCAGUCAUCAAAGCCAUGCUGAAGUCCAUUGGGGUGGAUCUUAGUAAGCUUAAAUUUGUCAAAGGCACUGAUUACCAACUCAGCAGAGAAUAUACACUAGAUGUCUACAAGCUGAGCUCAGUUGUAACUGAACAUGAUGCUAAAAAAGCUGGUGCUGAAGUGGUCAAGCAGGUGGACCACCCACUACUCAGUGGGCUGCUUUACCCAGGACUUCAGGCCCUGGAUGAGGAGUAUCUUAAAUGUGAUGCACAGUUUGGAGGUGUAGAUCAGAGAAAGAUAUUUACUUAUGCUGAGAAGUACCUGCCAGCCCUUGGCUAUAAAAAAAGAGCACAUUUAAUGAACCCUAUGGUGCCAGGAUUGACGGGUGCUAAAAUGAGUUCUUCUGAGGAGGAUUCAAAAAUUGAUUUACUGGACACUCCAGCACAAGUGAAAAAGAAGUUAAAGAAAGCUUUCUGUGAACCAGGCAAUGUCACAGACAAUGGAGUCCUCUCUUUCUGCAAGCAUGUCUUGUUUCCAUUAAGAACUUCAGCUUUUGAAAUCAAGAGACAACCAGAAAAUGGUGGUGAUGUUGCUUACAUUACCUAUGAAGAAUUGGAAAAAGCUUUUUCUAAAGAGGAAAUCCAUCCAGGUGAUUUGAAAAAUGCAGUGGAAGGCUACCUCAAUGAACUUUUAGAUCCAAUCAGGAAAACUUUUGAAUCUCCAGAGUUGAAAGAACUUAUAGCUAAAGCUUAUCCUGUGCAGAAAAAAAAAAUAGGAGUUGUGGCUGCCACUGCAGAGGAUGAUGUUGUGCCAUCAAAAUUAGAUAUUAGAGUUGGUAAAAUUACUAGUGUCUCUCAGCAUCCUGAAGCAGAACAUCUGUAUGUCGAAACUGUUGACCUUGGAGAGGAACAACCUCGUACAGUAGUCAGUGGUCUAGCAGGGCUAGUGCCAAAAGAAUCCCUCGAGAACAAACUGGGAGUGUUUCUUUGUAACCUGAAGCCUGUUAAACUAAAGGGAAUUGAAUCGAAAGCAAUGUUGCUGUGUGCAUCAAUAGAAGAGCCACGUCAAGUAGAACCUCUUAUUCCACCUGAGGGCAGUGCACCCGGAGACAGAGUUUUUGUCGAGGGUUAUUCAACAGGCUCACCAGAUGAUGAACUUAAGCCUAAAAAGAAAAUCUGGGAAAAACUACAGGUUGAUUUAAGAGUUGAUGACCAGCAUGUAGCAGAGUGGCAAGGCAAUGAGUUAAUGACUAAACUAGGCAAAGUGAAAACAAACACUGUGAAGAACUCACCAAUUAAAUAAAUUUUUCUUUUAACACCUCAACUGUAAAUGAUCAAAUACUAGGCAAACACAUUUGUAUGGAGUAGUCUAGAAAAUUGGUUUGUCAGCUCAUAUGAUUAGGUCACGUUUUGUGUAUGUGUGAAUGUUAUUUAUUUAUCAGCUGUCACACAAAAGUUCAAUUUGAAAUACUUUAAAAAUCUUUUUAAAAAAAGGGGUAAAUCCAUUUUCUAAAAUGUUUCUUCUGUUGGAAUCAACAGUAUCAGCUCUUGCCUAUAUGGAGAGAUCAGCUGUGAGAAGGGGGAACUGUUGUGUUUAUAACAUCUUCUUAUAACAUCUGUAUUAUAGAAGAAGAAGAUCAUAGCUUAUGCUCAGGCUUUUAUCUCAUUUCUAUGAGAUGACUCACAGUUGCUUCGUGGCUGAAAGAGGCCAGCCAUAUAUAUACUCUUUUGUUUCCACUAAGUUUGUCACUGUUUUAUUUAUCAUUUUAAAAUUCAAUUCUAAUUUUGGUUCCUUUUGAUGAAUUAGUCACUUUUUGGGCAUGUGGGGAUCAACUUCAUAUUUCAUGCAUUCAUAUAUUUUUAAUAAUUUAGAUUAUUUUCACUUGUUUCAAUGUCCUUUAUGUUAUAGAUCUAUUUUCAAAUAUUAGAUUAGUAUUUUCAAAUUUUAAAAGUUAGUAGAGUAAUAUUGUUUUAUUUUUUGUCUCUGAUCCUUAAGCUCCUGUUGGUUAGUAGUAUAUGAAUUCAAAAAUAUAGGUCUUCAUUUGAAUGCGAACAGUAGUAUUGCAAAUAUAGACAGAAUUGUAGGCAUGAAACUUGUCAAACUGCGAGAGCUCCCUUAUUAGGCUUAUAUGAAUACAUUAAACCAUUAAUAAAUACA